AUGGUGCACUCUCAAGUCGUUAACCUUCCAGUCAUCGGCUCCGGCCCCGGCGCCCACACUGCCGCCAUUUAUCUUUCGCGCGCUGAGCUCAGCCCCGUCCUGUAUGAGGGUAUGCUCGCCAACGGCACCGCCGCCGGCGGCCAGCUCACCACCACCACCGAUGUCGAGAACUUCCCCGGUUUCCCCGACGGUGUUGGUGGCCAGGAGCUGAUGGAGAAGAUGCGCAAGCAAUCCGAGCGCUUCGGUACCGAGGUCAUUACCGAGACCAUUUCCCGCAUCGACCUGUCCCAGCGCCCCUUCAAGAUGUGGACCGAGUGGAGUGACGGCCCCAACGAUGCUCCCGCUCGCACCGCCGACGCCGUUAUCAUCGCCACUGGCGCCAACGCCCGCCGCCUGAACCUGCCCGGUGAGGAGACCUAUUGGCAGAACGGUAUCAGCGCAUGCGCUGUCUGCGAUGGUGCCGUCCCCAUCUUCCGCAACAAGCCCCUCUACGUGAUCGGUGGUGGUGACUCCGCCGCUGAGGAGGCCAUGUUCCUCGCCAAAUACGGUAGCAGCGUCACCGUUCUCGUCCGCAAGGAAAAGCUCCGUGCUUCCAAGGUCAUGGCUGAUCGUCUGCUCGCCCACCCCAAGUGCAAUGUCCGCUUCAACACCGUCGCCACCGAGGUUAUCGGUGAGACCCGUACCAACGGCCUCAUGACCCACCUCCGCAUCAAGAACGUUGUUGACAACAAGGAGGAGAUUGUUGAAGCCAACGGCCUCUUCUACGCUGUUGGCCACGACCCCGCCAACGGCCUGGUCAAGGAGCAGCUCAAGCUCGACGAAGAUGGUUACAUCGUUACCCAGCCCGGUACCAGCUUCACCAGCGUCGAGGGUGUCUUCGCUUGCGGUGACGUCCAGGACAAACGCUACCGCCAGGCCAUCACCAGUGCCGGCUCUGGCUGUGUUGCUGCUCUCGAGGCCGAGAAGUUCCUCUCUGAGGGUGGCGCCUCCGAGCCCAAGGUCGAGACUGCCAACGGUGCUGCCGAGUACUCGUCCAACCCCGCUCUAUAA